GAUUUUUUUAAAUCAAUUAGUUUAUCUUAUCUGUACCCAAUGCAUGUACUUGAUCGCCAUGUGACACUUGUAAAUACUUAACUGACAAAUAAGAAUAGUUUAAUAUAUACAUGUAUAUACACAUGCUAUACAUUCCGGAAAUUUAUAUUGCAAAUAUAUUUUAAGUACCGUCAAUAAUUUAAUGCACAUUCAAAAAUGACUUAUUAUCCUUAUGCCGUCUGCAAUGAAACAACUGACUUGCAUGCCAGUCAGGUUCCAACUCACGUAGAAAAUUGUCUGGUAAUAGGAGGGAAUCUGAUAGCAUUUUUCCUGAUGAUGAUUAAUAGUAGGUACCAUCAGUGGCACUCCUUCUACAUACUAUUUGCUGGUUUAGUCUUCACAGAUCUCUUGCAGUCUUGUGUACUGUAUCCGGUCACCAUUUUGAGGUAUACCAGUAACUUCACGUGGUGCUACACUAAACCUCUUUGUGAUGCCGUGUCCUUCACAUUUUCCUUUACACAGUUAUCCUCUGGCGCCAUCGUUUCUUGCAUGGCCAUUGAUCGCUACUUAUGUCUCACACGGACAGACUUUUUGCGAAGAGCUAGGUGUAUUCGUUUGAGAUAUUUUGGCGUCCUGUGUGCCGUUUGGUGUUUUGUAGCUCUCGUCUGCAGCCUUCAUCUUAUUGGCCUCGGAAACAGCCAGCUCUACUUUCCCGGUUCAUGGUGUUUUAUAGAUUUUACACAGACGUCCACUGGAAAUCGUGUGAAUUCCCUAAUUUACUCUGUUUGUGGAAUAUGUGUGAUCAUUUCAACUUCCUUCUCUAACAUAGCCUCGGUCGUGUUGUCGUGUAAAGACAACGAAUACAGAGCUAGACUGCUGGAACACAACAGGGUGACUGGGGUCUAUGAUACUCACGUGACCAUCUUCCUCGUGGUGGCACUUUUUGUUUAUGUGGCAUUUUUUGGUCCAUUCAUUUUGGACGUGUUUCUCCACGCUAUAGGCUUGGUGGAGGGCAAUGGUAAAGUGGAGCUAUGGUUGAUCCGACUGAGUUACAUGAACUCCAUCAUCAACCCGUGGCUGUACAUCGUACUCCGUAAGGAGAGUCUGCUGAAGUUUGUAAGGAUGUAUUAUUAUUGCUGUAGGUUCUCAUCAGAGGAAACGCUAGAAAAUGAAACUGACGAGGAAACGCUAGAAAAUAAAGCUAGCGAUGCUACACUUGAUUAAUAUGAUUAAACAUUAAGAAGAAAUAUUUCUGAUCGACUUAGGGCCAGCCGAUCUAUUUGUGGUUGUGUUAGAAUGUUUGUAAAUGAGACGUUAUCGUUACCUUGUUUUAAAUUUAGA